GAAAAGGUUGCAACUUGUACUGUCUUGCAGAGAAGAAAGGGAGAGGGAUGAUGAGAAUGAGAUGGACACAGGACCCAUGAACACUGUGGCCGGUGUAUUUUGUUGCACUGGAGUCUGGUUGAAGAGUAAAGCAACGAAACAUGGUAUAUGACAACAUGGGCAUGCUUGGUAAACUAGAAUGCUUAGACAUGGAAGAAGAGAAUGAUGUUGACGUUUUUGAGAUCCCAUCAUGGACCAGCGAACGUGGCAGCAAGGUUCUUGUCAAUGUAGAAAGCUUUGGUGCAGUUGGAGAUGGAGUUUCUGAUGAUACCCAGGCUUUCCUAAAAGCAUGGGACACUGCCUGCUCUACGCCCAAAUCAGUUCUUCUGGUACCUCCAGGACGCCGCUAUCUACUUAGUGCGACAAAAUUUCAGGGGGAACAAUGUGAAAGUGACAUGGUUAUCCAGAUUGAUGGAACGUUAGUCGCACCAGAUGAACCGAAGAAGUGGGAUCCAAAAUUCUCACGGAUAUGGCUUGAAUUCUCCCAACUGAAAGGAGUCCUUUUUCAAGGUAAUGGAGUUAUUGAUGGCUCAGGCAGCAAAUGGUGGGCAGCAUCCUGCAAAAAGAACAAGUCAAAUCCUUGCAAAGGAGCGCCAUCAGCAUUAACUAUAGAUUCAAGCAGAGCCGUAAAGGUAAAAGGAAUUACCAUCCAGAACAGCCAGCAGAUGAAUUUUGUCAUUUCUCGGUCUGACUCUGUGAGAAUUUAUGGAGUACAAGUCACAGCUCCAGGAGAUAGUCCCAACACUGAUGGAAUCCAUAUCACUCAAUCUACUAAUGUGGUUCUCCAAGACUGUAAAAUCGGAACAGGGGAUGAUUGUGUUUCAAUCGUAAACGGAAGCUCCAACAUCAAGAUGAAGAGAAUCUACUGUGGACCAGGACACGGAAUCAGCAUUGGAAGUCUUGGGAAGGAUAACUCUACAGCCUUAGUUACUAAGGUGGUCUUGGAUACAGCAUACCUCAGGGAGACUACCAAUGGCCUCAGGAUCAAAACUUGGCAGGGAGGUUCAGGUUAUGUUCGUGGAGUACGGUUUCAAAAUGUGAGAAUGGAAGAUGUAUCGAACCCCAUCAUUAUUGAUCAAUUCUACUGUGAUUCUCCAACCACCUGUCAAAACCAGACAUCAGCUGUCAACAUAACUCAGAUUGUGUUCCGGAAUAUAAGUGGAACUACAAAGAGUGAAAAGGCCAUGAAAUUCGCAUGCAGUGACACAGUUCCAUGCAGCAAUAUAAUCCUUAGUAACAUCAACUUGGAGAAGAAAGAUGGCACGGUGGAGACGUAUUGCAACUCUGCUCAAGGCAUUGGUUAUGGAACUAUUCAUCCCUCAGCAGACUGCCUCAAUUCUCAUGACAAGAUCUAUCUUGCUGACCCUGCAGAGACCAGAAUAGAGGAUAUUGUCCACACUGAACUCUGAGUUGGUUCCUUAUAUAUAUAUAUAUAUAAAUAUAGGUAUACAUAAAUAAUUGAUUGAUACUGAUACUAAAAUAGGGUAAAUGAGCUGUAGGUGCUCUCUAGUAAGGAUUCUUGGGGGAGGUUUGAUGUGCCGAAGCUAAAUUUUAUGGGAAAUUAAAGAUGUUAUAUAUAGUAGUCAUAUACUGAAAUGAAAUGGAACUAAAGUCAUAGAAAAUUGAUAGCACAUAUAUCAAACACUUAUACUGUGAAAAGAAAAGGAACAUCCUGAUUUAAUGAUAACGAUUAAAUAUAUUUUUA